CACCUGACGGGAUGACGGCUAGUCCGACACAAAGAGGAGGAAGGAAAAUAGUGCGGCGGCCGAGUGACUGGCGGUGAGUGUCCGGCCGUAGCUUAGCACCAUGCUUGGCUCUGGGUUUAAAGCUGAGCGGCUUCGGGUGAAUUUGAGGCUGGUGAUAAAUCGACUGAAAUUGUUGGAAAAGAAGAAAACUGAGUUGGCACAGAAAGCCAGGAAGGAGAUUGCAGAUUACUUGUCCUCUGGGAAGGAUGAGCGAGCACGGAUCCGCGUGGAACACAUUAUUCGGGAAGAUUACCUCGUUGAAGCCAUGGAGAUAUUGGAGUUGUACUGUGAUCUGCUGCUGGCUCGAUAUGGUCUCAUCCAGUCCAUGAAGGAACUGGAUCCUGGUUUGGCUGAAGCUGUUUCCACACUGAUCUGGGCUGCCCCACGUCUCCAGACUGAAGUCUCUGAGCUGAAGAUUGUGGCUGAUCAGCUGUGUGCGAAGUACAGCAAGGAGUAUGGUAAACUGUGCAGGACAAACCAGAUUGGUACAGUCAAUGACCGGCUCAUGCACAAACUGAGCGUUGAGGCUCCUCCAAAAAUCCUUGUAGAGCGAUACCUGAUCGAGAUCGCAAAGAACUACAAUGUGCCAUAUGAACCGGAUUCGGUGGUUAUGGGAGAGGUCCCUGCCGGAGUUGAGGCUGAUCUCAUAGAUGUGGGAUUUACAGAUGAUAUUAGAAGGGGUGGCGGAGGUAGUGGAGGUGGUGGGUUUGGUUUACCUACCAUUCCAAGCAUGCCAAUGUCAAUGCCGAUGCCAGCCCCCAACAUACCCUUUGCUUACCCACCACCUACUGCGCCGGAGAAGUUCAAUGGACCUCCUGGAGGUAUGUUCCAGCCUUUUGGAAACCUGAAUCCACCGCCAAUGGGCGGAGUGCCUCCUGAAAUACCAUCAUUGCCACCCACUUAUGACUCUAUUGAGAGUGGACCAUCUGCUGCUCCACAAACUGGUCCAGCUAAUAAUGGGGUACCAGUUGCCAAGCCACGGACAAAGAUGCCAGAUACGUUUGUCCUUCCGGAGUUACCAUCUGUUCCAGACACGCUGCCUGCCUCCUCUGCAGGCGUUGGAAAUUCCUCUUCUGAAGAUAUAGAUUUUGAUGAUCUAUCUCGCAGAUUUGAAGAGCUGAAAAAGAAAACCUAAAUGGCAUUUUCUCCUCUCUCCUACCAACAGGCAUAACCCUAUCUGCUCUUUUUUUUUUUUUUGUAUAAACUAAAUUAAAGUACUCAUUUUGAAUCACACAAAGAGCAGUGCGUUUGGUAUUGCAUGUGCAGCCUCCGAGAGAGGGAUGUCUUAGUGCACUUUUUUUAUUUUUGUCCCCAUCUAAAAAAACAGUUUUGUUGAUGAUGCAUAUGACUAUGAGGAUGAACCUAAGUCUUUUGUAUGUCUGUCCUAACAAGCUGUUCAUGGACCCAGUCAUUGCCAUAUCCCCUUAUAUUAUUGGUCUGCCUGUGAAACACUACAGGAGAUGCAUACGCUUUCUUGGGACACACGGGUUUUCUUUCCUAACACCUUUACUAUGCUUGGACUUCUGAUUUUCUAACCUUUGUACAUAACAUUUCCAGGUUCGUGUAAGGCUUGUUUUGUUUGCCCUUCUUAAAAAUAAAGCUGUGGCCUUUUGAACUAA